AUGGUGGCUGCAGUGCUGGUGGCAGCCCCCAUCACUCAGAGUGGAAGCACCAACAAGCGUGUGUGCUGUGAGAGGAAAUUGCCAUCAUCCCCAGCAAAAACCUUCGGCUAUGUCACGCAUCUGAUGAAGCGGAUUCAGGGGGGUCCUGUGAGAGGCAUCUCCAUCAAGUUGCAGGAAGAAGAGAGAGAGAGGAGAGAUAAUGAUGUUCCUGAGGUCUCAGCCCUAGAUCAGGAGAUCACUGAGGUAGAUCCUGACGCCAAGGAAAAGCUGAAACUUCUGGACUUUGGCAGUCUCUCCAAAGGAGAGUUCCAAGGUUGA